CGGUGCAAUAUUCAGAAUCGAAAGUAGGGUUGUCAACAUUAUUGUUUCAGAUUUGGCAUUUGGUCGGCACGUCUCUCGGAAAGGAGGAGGAGAGAGUGUUUUUUUGCAAUUGUCUUAGUGCUAAAACACGUUGUCUUUGGUUGUUUCAGUCGGCCUUCCGAAAAUAUUGAGGAGAACACAAUGAAAGCUAUUAUUCAACGUGUCAUGAAAGCCAGCGUCACAGUUGGGGAUGAAACUGUUGGCUCGAUUGGUCAAGGACUCUGUGUGUUGGUAGGAAUCUCAAGGCAUGAUACACAAAGGGAAAUGGACUUUAUAGUGAGGAAAAUUCUGGGCCUGAAGCUGUUUGAUGAUGAAUCUGGUAACCGCUGGAAGAAAAACCUGGUGGAUCUGGACUAUGAGGUUUUGUGUGUCAGUCAGUUUACUUUAGAAUCGACAUUGAAAGGAGCCAAGCCAGACUUCCACAAUGCAAUGUCUCCCGAUCGUUCCAGGGGUUUCUACAAUCAGUUCUUGGAAGCUCUCAAAUCAAAGUACAAACCUGAAAAAGUACAAGAUGGAGCUUUUGGGGAAUAUAUGCAAGUUCAUAUACAGAACGAUGGUCCAGUCACCAUACCUAUAGAGUGUGUUCCAACCAAGCCUGAAGACAACAAGCCAGCAAAGGGGUCUUCUUCAGAAGCUUCAAAACAAGGAGCUGGCGAAUCUUGAUAGGCGCCAUCCUGUUUAUUGUGUGAUUUUGUUGUUGUUAUUGUGGUUUGUUGAUUUACUGGUUCUGCAGUCCCCGUUUUGUCGACCAACCAUGUCAUUGUACCACAUCUAGAUUAUGAUUGAGUUUUUCGGGCAUGAUUUAGUGUUUUGUGGUUUAGAAGAUGACAAUAAAAAUAAAUAUGAUGCCAGUGUUUUCAUGAGUUGGCCCUGCUUGGAAAAACUGAUUGUUGAAUUUUAAGCAUACAUUAAGUGUGUAAUUUGGGUGCUGUUGUGUGUGGGGGGUUUUUUGGUGAUGAAAUCUUCCUAAUUUGUUGUGUUUUAAUUUUACCCCUUUUAAAAAAAUUGUUCUUCACCUUCACAUGACACAAAAUGUCUGUAGUUGUGUUCUGUUUCUUAAUUUCAACUCGGCAACACAUACCUGUAUAAUUGGUAGUUUUUUGCUUGAAGAGUAAGCUUUGUAAAGUUGGCAGUGCGUGUGGAGUGUGUGUGUGAAUCGU